GUGAACACCAACGGCUUCCGGUUAAAUUUAUUUUGAAAUUUUGAAAGCUGGAGCGAGAGACUGGCAGACAUGUCCACGCUCUUCCCCUCUCUCUUCCCCCGGAUAACGGAGUCGCUGUGGUUCAACUUGGACCGACCCUGUGUGGACGAGACCGAGCUGUUCCAGCAGGAGCAGCAGCACCACACCUGGCUGCAGAGCAUCGCUGAGAAAGACAGCAACCUGAUGCCCAUUGGGAAACCUAUUUUUGAGGCAGGAUAUAACGAUGAAGAGGAAGAGGAGGAUGACGAGGAUGAGGAGGACAGCGAGGAAGACUCUGAAGAUGAGGAAGACAUGCAGGACAUGGAUGAGAUGAAUGACUACAACGAGUCACCUGAUGACGGCGAGAUCAAUGAGGUGGACAUGGAGGGACCAGACCAAGACCAAGACCAGUGGAUGAUUUAAGACAAAAAGACAAUGUUAGUCUCCUUGAAGCUGUCUGGCACUGGAUGUCUACUUAAAACAGACUGCUGCCUCUUCAGUCUGGGACACAGAUAUAUAUUUUUAUUUGUGUAAACACGGGAAAGAAUACCGUUGAAUGAAAAGCUCGUACCAUGAUAUCCUUCAGAGGUAGGUUGGAUAAAUCAUAAGAGUCUCCUGCCAAAGCUGCAGCUGACUUUGGAGGCUUUGGGCGUCGUUGGACAUCCCUGUAAGUGUUGCUACCUGGCACACAUCCACAUUGUUAUAAUAGUAACAUGGAUGUGUGUUUUUAGCUGCUGUGUUCAUGUCUUGUUGUUUCUCUUCUUUUAGUGGCAAUGUGUGAACCUGUCACACACACACACACACACA